GUCGACAACAAGAUCCGCGAGAUUGUGGAACCUUUCUUGUAUAAUAAAGGCCAAGGGAAGUUUUUACCAAUCUCUGAACUGGUUCUCAUCAGAAACCAAGAUCGACCUCGCAACAAGCAACUCUCAUCUCUGAAAACACCAAACAAAGAUGGUAAUGGCGCUGCUCAGAACUGCGACACUGACGGAACUAACCCAAGAGUCAAUGGAGCUCCCUCUGGAUAUAGAAAAAAUCCAGAGAUGUAUCGAGAGGUGUGUUGGGACCUAUACGAACGAGGAUCUGUUGGAGAGACUGCCUUGCAUCUGUGCCUGCUUGUCUCCACCACUAUUCACGCUGAACUGGCCAAACGACUAGUCAAGCUGUAUCCUAAACUAGUGAACGAUAUCUAUCUCGAUGAUGAAUACUACGGAGAAAACGUCUUGCAUAUGGCCAUCGUUAACGAGGAUCCUGCCAUGGUUAAAUUUUUGGUGGACCAUGGAGCCAAUUACCAUGAGCGUUGUAUUGGGAACUUCUUCUGUCCUGAAGAUCAGAAGGCCUCUAGAAUGGAUAGUCUGGACCACGAAUUAGUGGACGUUGCUGUUAAGACUAAUUAUGAAGGAUAUGUAUAUUGGGGUGAAUACCCCCUCAGCUUUGCGGCUUGCCUGGAACAAGAGGAAUGCUACAGACUGUUGCUUGCCAAAGGGGCAGAUCCAAAUCGACAAGAUACAAAUCUCAAUACAGUGAUGCACCUUAUGGUUAUCUAUGAGAAAAUUGAAAUGUUCAAUACAGCUUACGAGUUAGGAGCUUCUAUUAAUAUCAUCAACAGACAAGGAUUGACUCCUUUAACACUUGCUGCAAAACUGGCUAGGAAAGAGAUGUUCUUCCACAUUCUGAAGAUCCAGAGGGAGAUCUACUGGCAGCUGGGAAACAUAACAUGUGCAGCUUAUCCUCUGGAAGAAAUCGAUACUAUUAACAAUCGUACAGGAGAGAUUAAUAAAGUGUCAGCCUUGAACCUUGUGGUGUAUGGGGAUAACUUUACACACCUGGAAAUGUUGGAGGGGUUACUGGUUGACCUUCUCAAUGCCAAAUGGAAUAGUUUUGUCAAAUUUCGGUUUUACCGUCAGUUUGCUAUCUUUCUGGUGUAUUUUACUAUCUCUAUCGUGUGUUUCGUGCUUCGACCAGGACCUUUGGUCGUGAAACAAGGGCUUGACCUCACCUUUAACACAACUGUUGAAGUUGCAAAUUUUUCCCUCAUGAUUGAUAAUACUACAGUAGACAAUGGCACAAAAAUAGAUCAUUGUUAUUUACUGAACAGAAAUACAAAUGACGAAGUGGUAA